CUGAGGCACUUUAAGGAGGCGGUGGGAAACUGGGAGGACUGGAAAUACUUAACGGGGCGUAAUGUGAGAAAUUUCGAGAAGGCGCUAAAUGCCUUGACUGGAGCACAUGCUUCAUUUUGGCUUGAAGAAAAGUAAAGGGAAAGCAAACAAAACAAGUAAAGAGAGCUUCUUCUGCCACGUUGUAAAGAAAGUCCAGCACCGGUUUAUUCCUGUUCUGGAGAGAGAGAGAAAGAGAGAAAACUGCAGCACAUUAACGCUUUUCUGCUAUGCUGUCAACUGCUGCUCUGUGUUUAGCACUGGCCUCAAUGGUCAGCCCCUCCACAUCCCAGCAAAACCUGACCUCAGGUGAGCCCCAGCAGAAGAUUUUUUCAUCCCUGAGUCACCCCAGCUGGUCCCUAGGGCUGCAAGUUUAUAGGGCCCUCCGGAGUGAAGGCUCUCACAUCAACACCCUCAUUUCUCCUGUACUGCUUGCCAACUCGCUGAGCGCGUUGAGCCACGCAGCCAAGGGAGCCACAGCUAGGCAGCUCCAGGAGCUCCUAAAGACUGACAAGGAUGAAAAACAAGCUGAGAAAUCUUCACCAAGUCCACUUAAAUCCAUGAGAAAAGCAAACGGAACCAGCUACACACUGCAUGUUUCCUCAGCUAUCUUCUCCAAACAGGUUUCCACUCUGGAGAGUGGCUUCCUGGAAGAGUUUGAACUGGAUCAUGUGGCUUUAGGUGCAGGGGAUAAACUGGGAGAUAUGAAGAAGCUCAGCUCCUGGGCCAGAAGUGGAAUGGGAGGCAUAAAGGAGAUGCCGCUGGGUGAAGGACCAGACGCUAAAGAAGGAGCCCUGAUCUUGGCCAGUGCACUGCAUUUUAAAGGGCUUUGGGAUCGUGGCUUUGACAAAGAAAAUGAAGACCUGCGAAACUUUUUGGGGACCAAGUACACCAAAGUGUAUAUGAUGCACAGAGCAGGGGUGUAUCGUCACUAUGAGGACAUCGAGAAUAUGGUGCAGGUGCUGGAGCUGGGUCUGUGGGGUGGAAAAGCCAGCAUGGUGCUUUUGUUGCCUUUCCAUGUGGAGAGUCUGGCCAGGCUGGAGCGCAUGUUGACACUCGAGCAGCUGGAGAAAUGGCUGGGGAAGCUGAGCAACAUGAGCAUGGCACUGACUCUGCCCAGGGUCAAUAUCAGUAGCACACUCAGCCUACAGAAACAGCUCGCCGCACUGGGCGUGGUCGAUGCCUGGGACCAGAAAGUGGCAGAUUUCUCAGGGCUUGGGAAGGGAAAGCUUCAUCUCGGGGAUGUUCGUCAUUGGGCUUCCCUGGAACUGGAAUCUGAUUCAGGCACUAAGGACAGCGUAGACAAGGAAGAGCAUGUGGAGAAACCCAAACUUUUCUACGCAGAUCAUUCCUUCAUUAUCCUGGUGAAGGAUAACAGCACCGGAGCUCUGGUGAUGCUGGGUGCCCUGGAUCUGGCAGAAGGGGAUGCGCUGCAUGAUGAGCUGUAGAGGACGGAUGAUGUAUGGAUGUUGUUUUAGAAUAUCUCUUCAGUUUUUACUGACGCAAGAAAAUGGCUCAUCAAAGACCGUGGCAUAUAAGCCAUUUGUCCAGUGACAAUAUAUGUAUAUAUUCCACGAAAUCAAGUUGUACAUGAGAUGAUAGCCGAUAGCAUAGCGCCGAGUUGGCUAUAAUCCAUGUAUGACGAGAUUGAGUGGAAUAACUGUUUUAUUCUAUCCACAUUCACUGGAUUUUGAGAAACAGGGCAUUUUUAUUUUUUGCAAAUUCAAUAAAUAAAAACUUGAUACGAAACAUCCGACAAAAUAAUUUCCGCUUAGUAUGUAAAGAAACCAGUGAAAUGACAGGAGCAAUUUGUGAAAAAUGCUAAAAUAGAAAUUCUUCAAAAAUAAAAGACAUUCUUCCCGUCAAAUACUUUUAUUCCAUAUUUUGUUUCUUUUUUUGUAUUUUGGGGGGUUUUCAUUUUGAAUAGAGUUUUUAUUUCGCCCUCGGUUGGUUCAGCAAAAUGCUCCGCCAUUUUGUUUUCUUCUUUUUUUGGCGGUUGGCAAACCAACUUAAAAGGUGCAUUACCACCACCGACUGGGCUGGAGUGUGGAACAGGAGAUAUUGGGGGAGGGAAGAGAAACUAUAUUAUUUUAUUUAGCUAUUUCUGUUUCUUUUAAAUACUUGAUAACAAAGUGAUGUAUCUGACUUGAUGCGCUCCACCAUUUUGUUUUUCUCUACUCACGGUAUAUGAGCUGAUAGCUGAGCAGUAGAGUAGCCAAUCAGAGCACGCAACUGCUCAUAUCCAGUGAAUGUGGAUAUAAUAAAUAUAUAUGUAUUUAUUAUGAAAUAUGGAAAGUGAUGAGUGAGUAAUUAUAGGUGCAAUUUUACAAUACUAUGAGUAGAAAAGAAAGACAUGAUUAAGGGUUGGUAGAAACUCAUAUUAUUUCUAACACCUAUCGAGCUCCAUUAAACGUGCAAAGAAGAGCUAAUGGAAGGUGUAAAACGAUUUAUUAGAGCUUAGAAAACCUCGGCGAACAAUUUCACCCAGGCUGAACCUGGAACUCAUUCCAUUAUUGUAACAAACGGGCUCACCAUGAACGCACACCAGGUAUUCACACACUGAUAGCCCCCCUGAGAGAUUAAUCCUUUCACACUUGUGAAAUAUUCAGUGAAUUGUUCUCAUAUCUCUCUGUGAUAGUGUGCCACUUUUACUUAUAUUCAUAUUGGCAUUUCAACACUUCUCCUUCUUUCAUUUUAACACUCGGAGAUCUAAAGACUCACUCAACACGGCAACGUGAUCUUUUCUACUCAAAACAAUUCCUUAACACUGAUAGUCUCAAAGUCGGCAAGCUUUUCCAAACCAAAGCCAAAGGGUGCAUUUACUUUCUCACCACACACCUCUCGCAGAGUAAAUAACCUGACAGUUACAUUGAACUCUGGCAUGGGAUGGGCUUGUUCUUUCUCUCUGUCUUUCAAGUUGUUGCCAAAUAGAUUGGGAGCUCCAGGGGGUCAGGCUCUAAGCUGGCAUGCCAAUUCCCACUCCCGGAGCAGUCCCCUGGGAGAAAGAUUGCUCAACCAAGCUGUUAUUGAUGGGAUCAGCGUAAUACUAAUGACGCUAAUGACUCGAGACCACUGUCUCCACCACAGGCAGAUGAUAAACCUUUAAUCUUUUAAUGCCUCUCCGGAUCAAUGGAUGCUGUGCUCUUGUGACACCGUUGGCUGUUUUGAGUGGUUAAGAAUUACACUUAAAGUGCUUUUUGUGUUUUGUUUUUUAAUGUAGUGUUAUAAUGUGUGAUCUUCUUCUUUCGGCUGUUCCUGCUAGGGGUCGCCACAGCGGAUAACGUCCCUCUAUCUCCUCCUGUCCUCCGUAUCUUUUUCUGUCACACCAACCAUCCUCAUGUCCUCCUUCACCACAUCCAUAAAUCUCAUCUUUGGUCUUCCUCUUUUCCUUCUACAGUGGUGCUUGAAAGUUUGUGAACCCGUUAGCAAUUUUUAUAU